CCAUGAAAUUCUCACACUGAAAAUGUUCUUUCUUCCCAUUUCUGUUCCAAAAUCAUCUGUCAUUUCCAACCUCAAACUCCUCCAUGCUUUCACUUUCUUUGGGACCCACCUGGUGGAUUUUCUUCCUUCUCAAUCUCUCUACAUGCAUAAUAUAUAUGUAUAAAUGUAGGUUUAGUUGCGUUUGUUUUUGACAGAUGUAAUCAAUCAGUUCAAGUUCCUCGGUUUAUCACUUUCUACACCUUCAUAUCCUUCAACUGCAAAAUCCUUAUCAUCUCUGCUAAGUUUGUGAAACCAAUUAGCCUUGUUGUUAUUCGUAGCUUCUCAUGGCGUCAUCAAUAAGUGCCCAAGCUUUGGUUCUGCUUCAUAGCAGAGGAAACCCUUGUCUCAGAUUUCCACAGAAAAACGGUGUCGUUUUUGAACAUUCGCAAAGCUUGGGAAUCAGUACGCGCAUAAAGGCAACAGGUGGUAACAGUUUAGGGGCAGAUGAGGGUAAAGACGGCGCAGAAGCUGUUGAGGGCAUCAAUGAAAAGAAAAAUAAGGUGCUAGCUUUGCAAAAGGAUCUCCUUCAACAGGUUGUGGAAAUAAAGAAACUGGUUUCUUCCGAAAAGAGUGAGAACAUUCUUGGAUCAGAAGUGAACAGGACGUCUUAUGAACUCGCUAACAAAUCUUUCACAAAUAAACCAAGUCCACAGAGUGCUUCCACCAGGGAUGGCAAUGCAGUUAAAAACCAAAAUGGAAUUAUUGCUUCACCAAACUAUGUCCAGUCUAGUGAAGACAAGACACAUAAGACUAAUAGGCCUGAUACUCUCUCAGCCUUCUUUGUAAAUGGUACUGAAAAUUUGAGUCUAGAGGUUGAGAAUCAGGAAGGUAUAAGUGAAUCUACCCCUAUUGAGAGUGAAGGUGAAACAGAAACACCCCAACCUUUGGCUGGGACCAAUGUCAUGAAUGUCAUAUUGGUUGCAGCAGAAUGUGCUCCCUGGUCAAAAACAGGUGGGCUUGGUGAUGUAGUUGGUUCCUUGCCAAAGGCUUUGGCUAGACGUGGACAUAGAGUUAUGGUUGUGACACCUCGCUAUGGUAAUUAUGCGGAAGCCCAAGAUACAGGGGUGCGAAAAUGGUACAAAGUAGAUGGUCAUGAGGCGGAAGUAAAAUAUUUCCAAGCCUACAUUGAUGGUGUAGAUUUCGUUUUCAUUGACAAUCCACUUUUUCAUCAUCUAGAACGUAACAUAUAUGGGGGAAGCCGAUUGGAUAUUCUAAAACGUAUGGUGCUGUUUUGCAAGGCAGCGGUUGAGGUUCCAUGGCACGUUCCAUGUGGAGGUGUUUGCUAUGGAGAUGGAAAUUUGGCUUUUAUAGCAAAUGAUUGGCAUACUGCAUUGCUGCCAGUUUAUCUGAAGGCAUAUUAUCGCGAGCAGGGUUUGAUGAAGUAUACAAGAUCAGUUCUUGUGAUUCAUAACAUAGCUCACCAGGGUAGGGGGCCUGUUGAUGAUUUUUUCGCUGUGGAUUUACCUGAACACCACAUGGACCUUUUCAAAUUAUAUGACCCCAUUGGAGGUGACCAUUUCAACAUCUUUGCCGCUGGUUUAAAGACAGCAGACCGUGUUGUCACGGUUAGUCAUGGGUAUGCGUGGGAGCUCAAAACUUCUCAAGGUGGUUGGGGCUUGCAUGGGAUCAUAAAGGAGAAUGAUUGGAAAUUGAAGGGCAUUGUGAAUGGAAUUGACGACAAAGAUUGGAAUCCUCUGUUUGAUGUUCACUUGAAAUCAGAUGGCUACACUAACUACUCCCUUGAGACACUUUCUAGUGGCAAACUUCAAUGUAAAACAGCAUUGCAAAAGGAGCUUGGUUUGCCUAUCCGUGAGGAUGUCCCACUAAUUGGCUUCAUUGGAAGGUUGGAUCCACAGAAAGGAGUUGAUAUCAUAGCUGAAGCAAUUCCUUGGUUGAUGAGUCAGGAUGUGCAAUUAGUCAUGUUAGGCUCUGGAAGGCCGGAUCUAGAACACAUGCUUAGGCAAUUUGAAAGCCAACACAAUGACAAGAUAAGGGGAUGGGUUGGUUUUUCAGUGAAGAUGGCUCACAGGAUAACUGCAGGCGCAGACAUAUUGCUCAUGCCAUCAAGGUUUGAGCCAUGUGGAUUGAACCAACUUUAUGCCAUGAACUAUGGAACAGUUCCUGUUGUACAUGCUGUUGGUGGACUGAGAGACACAGUGCAGCCUUUUGAUCCUUUCAGUGAGUCUGGCCUUGGGUGGACCUUUGAAAGUGCAGAUUCAGGUAAGUUAUCAAAUGCAUUAGGGAAUUGCCUAUGGACCUAUAGGGAGUAUAAGAAGAGCUGGGAAGGUCUUCAAAGGAGAGGAAUGACACAAGAUCUUAGUUGGGAUAAUGCUGCUUUGCAGUAUGAGGAGGUGCUUCUUGCAGCCAAAUACCAAUGGUGAACUUUUUGCAUUUAUUUCCAUCAAAGCAAACUUUUCACAAUGGAGCUAAUUCAUGUUUAAUAGUUUCAUUGUAUUAAUUGUUGUACGAGGGAAAAUAACUGUGCAAGCUGUUGAAAUUCUAUUGGUUAUAGUUAGAGGGUUUAUGAUGGGGAUUGGAAAGCGAAAUUUUGGCGCUGUAAGGAUUGUGUAACUGUAAUAUUGUGGGUUGCAAGUGUUCAGCGGCUCAAAUGUACUAAUUAUAGUAUGCAAAUCUGAUUUUCUAUGAUACGGUUUUAGCUUGAUUUCUCAUGAA